AUGGGUUUCUGCAUUAUUCCGCUAUACGCAGAUUCACUACGCAUUUUCGUCCGCACGCAGCGAACUCAGUUGACACUGAAUGAUUGUGCUAGAAUACACGGCAUGGCAACUGAAUCAUUGCCUCUACCUCAUAUAAUGACUCUAUUAAGGCUCUUCGUCUUCAAACCCCACCGAACCCAUUCUCACGACACAUUAGCUUCCAGCAGGGUCCAGCGCCAUGGCCCCAGAAGUAGUCAAAGCGAUUACAACUACAACACCUACCGACUCGGUGAUCCAAGGCGUUACCUCCGCGCCAAGCCCGACGUCGUCGUUUCUUCCGCUCCUAACCUUGUUCACAACAUGCUCGAAAGCACGAACGACAACGCUGUACACCCUGUUCAAGCAACAGCGUCAAACCUCUGUGAAGCAAGCGUCGCCCUUCCAACAAGCUGGGAAGAGCCUGCUUCUGACACCAAGUAUGUCCUCAUGGUUACCAUUUGGGUAGGGGUGCAUGGUGCUAUAAGCCAUUUGUACUGCUAUUCUAAGCAGUUCAAGGUCACACCACCGAUCCUACUGGCCAUGGAACCACCUCCGGGUAAGGAGCCAAAGCUGUGGGCUUCAAAGGAGAAGAAGCGCACUGAAAUAGAUGAUGAACUCAAUCAUAUCCAGGAAGUGGUGGAUAAAAGGCGCUUACUCACGAUAAGACACUUAUACAAGCAGAGACACUCCAUCAUUCUUAAGAGACCCGGCGGUUUUGGUACCUCUCCUACACGCCUCUUUCACGACGGUAAACUCACCACUCUCGAGAACAAUCCACUCACUGCACAAGAGCCCAUCGAGAGGGAGACGCUUCAUUCGAGGACUCUAAAGCCGCAUCACGAAGUAUCGCGAAGGAAUUCUGGCUGUUCACGAUUAACUAUGACAACCCAAUUUCCCUCUGGAAACACGUUCCUGAUUAUUUUCAUCCCCAUUCUUUCCCAAUAUUUCCAAAGUCAAAACUUCUAA